GUCCCCAUUAAGCCUAUGCUGUCUCUCCGGACAAAAGCUGAAAAGAUAAUCCACACGAGACGUCACCGCACAUCGCUGCAGAGUUCACCACUGCUGGAUUCAUACACAGAGAGACCCUCGUCCUCAACAAAGACACCUUGAAGAUAUAGGCUGGUGGAAUGUAAGGCAGGAAAUUUUGUUUCUUUUAUUUUUCUAGUGAGCUACAGCCGUUAGAAGAGGAUUUAGACUCAGCAGCUCAUCAUGAGCAUUAAGCAGCCCUGCAUCUUUCUUAGAGGAGGAGCAAAGAGGACACAAACAAGAAAUCUUACUCGGGACGAGCUAGAAGAGCUACGUGAAGCCUUUAUAGAAUUUGAUAAGGAUAAGGAUGGUUUUAUCACCUGCAAAGACUUGGGGAACCUGAUGAGAACCAUGGGCUACAUGCCGACUGAGAUGGAGCUGAUUGAACUGAGCCAAAAUAUUAACAUGAACUUGGGGGGACGGGUAGACUUUCAAGAUUUUGUGGAACUGAUGACCCCCAAGCUUCUGAAUGAAACCGCCGGGAUGAUCGGGUUGAAAGAACUCAGGGAUGCUUUCAGAGAGUUUGAUAUAGAUGGGGACGGAUCCAUCACCUCCGAAGAGCUGAAAUUUGCUAUGAUAAAGCUGUUAGGCGAGCAGACGAGUGAGAAAGAAAUAGGAGAGGUGGUCAAAGAAGUCGACGACAAUGGAGAUGGAAAAGUUGACUUUGAGGAGUUUGUGAAAAUGAUGUCAAAGAAAUGAGGGCAACAAAAUGAAGACAGAAGAGGAUCCAAGUUGUUUUAAUUUUUUUCUGACAGACUCUUCUUUUUGUAAUUAAUUUGAAUUUCUAGUUACGUUAAUAGUAUGUUUAUUUAAUUUAUUACAAAAAAAGUUGUUGAAAAAUGAUGGGCAAAAUUUUCAGCAGUAG